AGAUGUGCCCUGGCCUGGGGUUUGUAGCGAACGGUGUGAACUUUUCAUGGUUAAUAGAUAGAUAGCCUUUAUUUUAAAACGAUUUGUAGAGUAUAAAGGUUUCUUGGAAGGCUUUUUCUUCAACCUGGUCUUUUAAAGGAGCGAGCAGUCCACAGCCUGCAUUUAACACUGACCGCUACCGGUUUUGUGGUAAGUAACUUAGGCUUUAUACUAAGAAGUCAUGUUUCACAUGAUUUUGCAAUGAUGGAGAAAUGGAAUACGGCAAAGCGAAAUUGUCCCCUCCAUCUAAUUACUUGUCAAAUGUCUAUCUAUGUACUUAAAAAUAGUAAGUGAAAGUUUUGCCAUUACUGAACGCGAAGUUUGUCUCUUUCAUAAGCUGCUACAGGCAGUGUGAUCACUGUGAGGGCAUUGACAUAAUCACGAAUAAGAACAAAACUCGGAGCCCAAAUCCGUGGAGAAAAGAUCAUUUAGGAGCCAAGUAAAAUACGUAAUCAGCGCGUUUAAAGACUUAGAUAUGCAUGCUUUUACUUAUUUAUUUCGAGCUUUCCAGCUCACCGAUUGUUUAUUUCAGAUGGCUGGCAGUCGGCCGCCAUCUUGAAAUAGGCGUUUUUCAAUGGGUUGGUCAUGUGUUCAGCAUUCUGUAAAUACGGAAAGUGGGGCCAUUAGGGAACUUUCAACACCGUAUCACCGCCAAAAAACUUAAGGAAACACUGGCAUGGCAAUUUAAUUUUUGUAUGAUUAAUCUAAUGCAUUAAUCUCUAUAUAAUUGGGGAAGGAGGAUCUUGGAGCUGGUUUUGAUUUUGUAGAAACUCAGAGAGACUGAACCCAAGAUUCUAAGAACCAUAUUUCAGUCAUGCAGAUGUAAAGAAUGCAUGGUGGCAUGUUACAUACUUACCAACUAGAAUUUGUUUAUAUGACGGUAGUUCUGGAUUACCACCCUGUUCCCAUCGUCGGAGACCCAGGGGCAGAUAGUGGGGGCGAGGGAAAGUUUAAACAGGCGAAAAAAUAUGGGACAAAGAAAAGUAAAGAAUGGCGAGAAGAGCCCCUGGGCAAAAUGUCUUACCAGACCAGUUCCAAACGGUCGCCGCCGUUCUGACUUCUGAUUGGUGCCAGAAAACUUUUGUGUUUUUCUGCCCAACCAGAAGGCAGAAUGACGGCGACCGUUUGGAACUGGUCUGGUAAGACAUUAUCACCAGGGGCUCUUCUCGCCGUUCUUUACUUUUCUUCGUGCCAUAUUUUUCCGCCAUUUAGACUUUCCCUCGCCCCCACUAUCUGCCCCUAGGUCUCCGAGGAUGCCCUGUUCCCCUCUUUAUAACAAAAGGGGACACAGCCGGUUAUGCACUCCAUUGACAAUGCAUUUACAGGGUGAACUAAGCAAUGAAAACAUAAUGUGUAAAGGAAUUUUUCAGUUCAAGUCUCAAUGUUUAUAAUGUUCCUCGUUUUUAUAACCUUGUCUCCUUGUCUAAAUUUAUAGUGUUUUCUUUAUGGCAUUUUUGGCAGAACAACGGCACUACUAUAACUCACUGGAAUAGCCCUUAAAUGGCCAAGAAUGCUAAGAAAACACCAUAAAUUUAGACUGAUGUAUCUUUAGUACUAUUUGAACUAAAUAAUGAUAGCUUAAAUCUCCAUACAAACCCUUAUGAUAUUUCUGUUAUGCAACAACGAUUCUCACUCGUGAGCUUGGGGUACCUGUGGGCAUACCUCUAUGUAUUAAAAUUAGGUAACCUGCAAAUUUUCAGAUGUAUAUCUCAAAAGUAAUGAUUGUAAGGAUUUAUAUGGGGAAAACAAUUCGUGCCACCCAGUCAUGGUUGAGUGGAUUUCCAUUCAAAUCCUUGUAAAUUUUGAAAUGUUCGAACUGUCAUAAUUUUUUUCCCUUAUAAAAUGGAUUAAAGGAGUUAAAUUCUCUGUUGUAAACAAAAGAAAGUUUGGACCCUCUUUUAGAACAACAAAAAUGAAUAAAGAAAAUUUUUUUAUUAACCUUAGUUAAUUUAUACUGGUAGUAUUUACACACAAUUUAUUAAAGACAUCUCUCACUAAUUGAAUGUCUAAUAAUACCUUAAUUUCAAAUCUCAGUUGAACAGUGUCCCUUAUUAGGAGAUAUGGAGUUCAAUGUCCGUCUGGCUGGAAAUGAAGAUUACCAAGCAGUGCUGGAAAUGUCCAAGGGACAUUAUGAAGGACAUGACAAUGUCCCGUCUUGUUUUAAACAAUGGCUACUAAGGGACAAUAUUACGGUGCUAAUUGCCACUUACCAACAAAAGGCCAUUGGACUCUGUGCAGUAAGCAUUGUCGAUGAGGGUCAAACAUUUUUCUCUCAUGGGCUUAGAAUACACCCACAUUAUAGAGGAAAGGGGUUUGGAACUCAAUUAAUCUUGGCUGUACAUGAGUUUGUGCGACAAAAUUAUCCAAAUGUUCUACGUGAGAGAUACACAACAGCAAACACCCAUCAUGCUAGGCUAGCAAUUGCUGCCAAGACUCAAGAUAAGCUGCUGUUUGAGCAAGAUUCCUAUGCAUUUGUGGUAAAGAAGGAUAGAAUUGAGCUUUCUAAACUUAACGGCCUAAAUUUGUCUUGUCUUUCCCGGGUAUACAAGUAUGAUGUGGAGAAUUUCAAGAAAGAUUUAGAAAAAAGCCAGGAUUUAUUCAAACAAGGAAUCAUGGUGAUUAACUACGAACCGUAUAAAGCAGUACCAUCAAAUGUUGACCUGUGCAUAGAAGAGGGUGACUGUUUAUUUACUGACAGAACACAAGGACUCUAUUUGCCACAGUCCAACCAACUUCGUUCCUUCAGUCAUGGAUGUAUUGUCCGCGCAGCUAAAUUUACACAGUGGGCUGUGACGGUCUUCACAAAUGACUUGGCACUUUUUCAAGGCCAUCUUUUGUUAAACCUCCAAGUUGCCUGUCAGAAUAUUCAGGGAGACAUCAUAUUUCGCAUCAACCAUGAUCAGGACAAGUUCUUAAAAGAAACAGCCGUGAAGUUACUGCAGGGAACUCUUGGGCUAGAACCAGAGACAACAAGAUUUGAAGACUUUCGCGCUCUUCUAUUUGAAAAGGAACUAUAUUGACUAGAC